AACUCCGUUACUGUUACUAUAACUGCUAGCCACCCAGAGAUGCUGAGAUGGGAGUUUGUAGAAAUUGAAUAAGUGAACAAACAAACGAGUUCUGCGUGGGAUCUUUGCGGUCAUAGAUCGAAAGCCCUUCUCCAGGAUCAUCUAUCGCGUACGUGCCCCGCUUCCUUGCGACCCCUCCCCCCUUCCUCCGCUUUGGAUUCUGCCCACCGAACUACGAUUCCCAGAAUGCCAAGCGAAGCCGGCGCUCUUCUUUCCCCCCUACGAGCGCAUAGGAUAAGCCGUGUGGGCCGGGCCACAGGCGGCGGCGGCAGCUGUUGUUUCUUCUGUCGCCGUGGCAGCUGAAGGCUGCGUCGAGCUUUGGGCAUCGGGGAAGCUUUUAGAACCCUGUAGAGGCCUGUUCUUUCCUCCUCUCUUGAUGUUUCUCCAACCUGAUUCUUUUCUCCAGCUCCUUGAAAAGAGCUUAUAAUGGCAAAAGACAUCCUAGGAGAGGCAGGUCUCCACUUUGACGAGCUGAACAAACUGAGGGUUUUGGAUCCAGAGGUGGCCCAACAAACCACAGAGCUGAAAGAGGAAUGCAGACUGUUUGUAGACAAAAUUGCCGAAUUUAAAAAAAUAGUGGGCAACCUCAUUGAACUUGUAGAUCAGCUAGCAAAAGCCACAGAAAAUGAGAAGAUUAAGGCAAUCGGGGCCCGUAACUUACUGAAGUCCAUAGCAAAGCAAAGAGAGGCCCAACAGCAACAACUCCAGGCAUUAAUCGCUGAGAAGAAGACGCAGUUGGAAAGACAUUUCAUGACCCAACAUCAUCAGUGUGAAUGAGUGUGGGGUUUGCUACCUGUUCGGCCAUCAAUAGACUCGUAGAGAUAAACCACAUUUACGCACCAGUCAAAAGAAACAAACUAAGAAGGAAACGAAAAGACCAGACUGCAUCCGCUCCAGCAGCUAACAUCCAGAUAAGUAGGGAUUAACACCAGACAAAUAAGCAGAAAACAGUACCGUAAUCUAAAAAGUGACAAGGAGAAAAUCACAUCCCCACCUUUCCUGGCAGGAAAAGCUACUAUAUAUAAACAGAGCGCAUCAAUAAUCCCAUAGUUCAACCCUGAGGUACAUAUAUUCUUUUCUAUUGGUGUCACAGUUAUCUUUGGAGGUUUUCUAAAGCACUUAAACAUAAAUGUACGCCAAAUGCCACUGCCUCCUUAUUCUAAGGGGCCAAUUAAUUUCAUGGCUUUCCAAACACUCCCAGAACACUUUCCUCCCUCCCUCAUCUGCCCAGAGCCAGCCUGAUUGGCCAUCCCCGGCAUCCAUCAGGGAAGGGUCUUCUCUAUGUUCUUGGUUGUCAUAAAACAUCUGCCAAAAAAAAUCAAAAGAAUGCUGGAAGGGUUUUCUUUUUUACUCGGCAAAGUAUUCUGGUCCUUCUUGAAUAACUCAAGAAUGUAAACACAUGGAAGGCAUCAGCUCUUGUUUCAGUCGUUUCUUUUUCCCAGCUGAAGAAUCUCCCACAAUUGUUCAAGCUGUCUUCAGCCCAGCCAGCUCAUUUUUAUUAUUUUUUUGCUUUCU